ACCAACACAAGGCCGGUCAACACUCUGUAUUAUCUUAGUAAUUCCCCUUUUUGUUGAAGUCUUACCGGCGUUAAUCUAAAACGUUUUUAUUCUGAUUCACGCAAAACCGUUUGAGAUUAAAAGCUAAUGAACGCAAGGCAUCUUAAAGAAUUUUAUUCAACCGUCAGUUUGGUUUCACUUUGCUGUUUCGAAGCUUACAGUGACUGUCAACCGAGUUACCAACCAACAAGACAGUACCAGACUUGAACAACUUGCGUCUUGUCCUAGAACUUCCCCGCUUUACAUCUGAAAAAAACUCUUAUUUUUAUUCUAGUUACAGUAAAUGUUUGUUCCUAGCUAGUGAAGUAAUACUCUAUGCACUAUGAAUGUUUUUGGUGCCAAAAUUGUCUUCCUAGUUGUCGUGGUGUUUUGGAUAUUACCAGAUUUUACGGCUUCAAAUAUGGACAUGUGUUCUUGUUACUCGUUCCAUGGAAACUCAAGCUCACGACAAGAAGCACGUCAGCACUGCAACGAUGCAGAGGGUGAUUUGGUUUCUAUAGAAACUGACGUAGAAUUGAAUUUCAUCCAAAAACAGCUUCAGAACGAAACAACUAAAAACGGAGAUAAUGAAUGGUGGAUUGGACUUGAGAAGGAAAAUGGAAAAUGGAAAUGGCUGAGUAACCACACUGAUCUGCAAAUUGAUGAGAACUUGCUGGUGUCAGAAGGUGAAGGAGAAGCAUUUGCCACUAUAGCGCACAACUCAUCAUAUGCUUCCCAAUUCCAAUUUAAUGUCAUCAUUAAUGACACCGUCGGCAAAGGAUGGAUUUGUGAAUACGAGAAUAAAGAUUGCAACAACAUUAGAGGAGCCAAUGUCUGUGAACAUGUGCUGGUCAAGACUACUAUUACUACCACUACUUCAAACACUUAUAGUACAACCAACAAACCAGCCACAACAACUAGGAUAACAAGUACAACAGCAUCAACAACAACACCACCAAUAACAGGAACUACAAAAACAACAUCAACAACAAAACCAAUAACUUCAACAACAACACCAACAACAACAACAACAUCACCAACAGCAGCAGCAGCAACUACAAAAAUAAAAACAACAAUGACAACAUCGACAAUAAAAUCCAAAAUAACGGCUACACCAAAAACAGCAAAAUUGACAUCAGCAGCACCAACAACAGCCACUACAACUGCUGCAACGACACGAAGAAGACCUCCCUUUAUUGGUUUCCUAACGACCACGGCAUCCCCUGUACAUGAAUGCCUACCUGACCUGUACCUAAUCAUUGCCAUAUCUGUCAGCAUGGUUGGUCUCGCUACUGUAGUUUCCUUUACUGGUUUGUUUCUAUUCGUCGUUUGUAGGAAGAAAUGUUUAAAACCACAACCAUCAGUUGAAAAAAUUGAAAUGGAGGAAGGGGAAUAUGAAAACCACCUUUGAUGCGCUAUAAGAUCAACAACAUCUAGGACAUUUGUGAGCUGGAACUAUCCAGUAAAGAAAAACAGUUAUUCAAAUGGUCUCAGUUUAGUCCCGGUAAUCUGUCAUCGUUGACUUCAUUGACUGCUUGGAAGAGAGCUAUUUGCCGCUCUUUAGUUGUAACACACACACACACACACACACACACACACACACACACAUAAAGCAUACACGCAGUCCCAUAACAUAUGGAUGCAUUUAACAACUAGAUCUUAUCCUUUGCAGUUGAAACUGUUAUCAAUAAGUUUCAAUGAUGUAUCACAUGUAUAUAAAUAUAUCUCUAAUUGCUAAGACUGAAAAUACUUCAUGGCAAUACGCAUGCGCAUUACAAACAGACGUUCGUCAUGACGUAAUGUCGAUUGUUAAUUCUCAUCUGUAUUUUCUUAAAUGGUUUUUGUCUCUAAAUUGUUUUAAUUGUUAUAAUAGCUUAGCUUGGAUAGAUUUUUUCUACUUCAGUAGCCAUAUGCCCUUAUUUUCAUUCCUUUCUGGAUAUAUUUUGAUAAUGGACGGAGGCUGAUUAGAAAAAAGAAUACGUCUCAAGGGAAUGACACGUGGUGUGGGAUGGGAAGGAACUACAUACAACCCAUAUAGUUUAAUUACAGGCUAUUCAGUAUUUUAGUUGAACACGAACAGUCGUAUUGUAAAAACUCAUGUUUGGAUUUGGAGUGUGUUACGGAUGUCUCAAUGUCAAAAUUAAAGGCAUUCAAAUAUUAUUCGA